UUCAUUUUACUGCGAGAUAUUGAGACGAUGAUACGACAGGCAGUGCAUCAGGGCAUCAGGCGGAGGUUCAGCCUAGCUGGAGUGAAGGUCGCCCCCAGCAAGACUAUAGAUGCGGCAGCAGCCAGCUCCUCGUACAUGGAGCAACUGGAGGGGGAGUGGAAUACGGCGAAACCCUUCGAAGAGAUACCCGGUCCGACACGUUGGCAGCUGUGGCGUGGCUUCCAGAAGGGCGGUGAGUUCCAUCACCUGGAUAUGGCCGAGCUGAUGGAGCUUUAUCAGACGCGAUUCGGGGACAUGUGUCGCGUGCCGGGCCUGUUCGGCAUGCCCACCACUGUGUUCACCUUUAAGGUGGAGAACUUCGAGAGAAUCUACCGCACCGAGGGCCAGUGGCCGGUGAGAGGUGGUGCCGAUCCGGUGCUGCACUAUCGUGCAAAUCGCAAGGACGGAUUCUUCAAGGACUGCGUUGGACUGUUCAGCAAUGGUCCGGAGUGGGGCCGUCUCCGCAGCGCGGCGAACCCUGUGCUGAUGCAGCAUCGGAAUGUUGAUCUGUACCUGGAGCCCAUGCAACGGGUCAACACCCAGUUCAUAGAUCGCAUCAGGGCCAUCCGGGACAAGGAGUCACAGGAGAUGCCUGGAGACUUUCUCGAUACCAUAAAUACGUUGACCUUUGAGUCGGUGGCUGUGAUUGCCUUGGACCGGGAGCUGGGACUCCUGCGGGCCGCAUCCAUCGAACAAAGGCCAGAGGCCAAAGAGCUCUUCAGGAACAUUAAGAUCUUCUUGCAGUCGUUUUUCGAGCUGGGCAUGAAGCCGUCGGUGUACAAGUACAUCAGCACGCCCACGUACAGGAGGUUCAGUCAGGCGUCGGAUGUGAUCUUUGACACCUGCUCGAUGUACGUGAAUGAGGCUGUGGCCCGGAUAGACGGCCAGUCGGCCGCGGAGCGUUUGGGCCGGAGGAGUAUCUUGGAGCAGCUGCUGCAAAUCAAUCGAAAGUUCGCCGUUGUCAUGGCCAUGGACAUGCUCAUGGGAGCAGUGGACACCACCAGCUCGGCCCUAACUGGUAUCCUUCUCAGCCUGGCGAAGAAUCCCCAGCAGCAGCAGAAGCUGCGCGAGGAGAUAGUGUCCAUGCUGUCCCAACCAGACCGCCAGUUCACUCAGAGCGAGAUGAAAUCGCUGCCAUACCUGCGUGCCUGCAUCAAGGAAUCGAUGCGGAUGUUUCCCGUCACCUUCGGCAAUCUGCGAUCGGCGGGCACAGAUGUCGUGCUGGAUGGCUAUCGCAUACCCCAGGGCACGAAUCUCCUGAUGCUCUCCACGAAUAUGAUGCGCGACGAACGCUUCUAUCCCCGACCCAACGAAUUUCUGCCAGAGCGCUGGAUACGGCCCCAGGGCGACGACAGCACCGAGUCGCUUCUCCGGAAUAAUUUGAAUCCAUUUGCCUACCUGCCGUUUGGCUUUGGUCCCCGCAUGUGUGUGGGCAAGCGGAUAGUGGACCUCGAAAUGGAGCUGACCGUGGCCAAUCUGGUUCGAAACUUUCACAUAGAGUUCAACUACCCCACAGAGAAAGCCUUCAAUCGAUCGUUCCUAAACAUGCCAAUUAUUCCACUGAGAUUUAAAUUUACCGAUGUGAAAUAUUCCUAAAUAAAUGGUUUCAAUAAAUA